AUGUCAGCAACCAGAAUAAUCAGAAGUCCAGAAAUUGAAGAGGAGGAGUCCUCGAUAACCCUAGAACCCGAAAAGGAGCCCAUGAGGAGCCAAGAAUCGGAGGAGGAUUCCAGACUCGGAGGAGUCCACGAAGAGGCGAGAAUCGGAAGAGGAGCUCACAGCCCACAACCGGACGAGGACCCAGAAAGAGAAGCCCAUAAUCGGAGGAGGAGCCACGAGAAGCCCACAGUCGGAGGAGCAGUCAGAAUCCGAGGAGGAGGGGAGGAGUCCCGGGAAACGUGGACGCGGUGUUGA